AUGCCAAAAGGUGUUCUUUUACCAGAUGAAGAACAAGAAAGUUAUAUAUAUAUUAUUAACGGUAUAAAGAAUGAUUCUCCUAUGUUAUAUAAACUUAUCCAGGAAUUAAAUGCUGAUGAUGAAAAGCCUGGAGAUACUGAUGGGACCACCAAUGCUAAUCCAAAGAUCACUAAGGAUGCGCAAGAGAUCACAAAUGCUGAGCAAGGUCUGAUUCGCCUUUACUAUGACCUGGGAGAAGAGCUAUCAAAACAAACCAGUAAUGAACUUAAUGACGACGAUAAAAAAAUAGAGAGUGCUCAAAAGAUCUAUUCACUUUUUCACAUGAUUGGGAAGGAUAAGAUAAAUAAUAUAGGACGUUUGAAAUCUUUUACUGCAUCGUCAAUUUUAUAA